AUGCCGCCCAAACAAGCAGCUGAGCGCCCCCCCAAGAAGAAGAAGGAGCCUCCAAAGGAGUUGUGCGGCUGCGGCGUAGACACGUACCGCCCGCCGCCGAAAGGAAAAAGGAAGGUAGCACCCAUCGAGCAUGCGGCUGGCUGCGUUCAUCAGCGUACCACCUGCAACGCCUAUCCGCACCUCCAGAAGUGUUCCGUCUGUCUCAAUCCGUGCAAGUAUUGCGCCGGCACAAACCGAUGGUGCCCACACUGCUACGAGAACCGCUGCAGAAACAUUUACAAACGCGUCGUGCACGGUCACGCAAAGGAAGAGCCGCAGCGAAAGGUACUAGUAUCAUUUGUCCCCGAGGAUGGAGGUGGCGCAGCAUCGGCUGCUAUACUCCGCAGUGCGAAGGGCUCUUUAUCACGCUGA